CCCGCAGUCGUGCUGUGUGUUACACGCCCUGCAAGGCCGGACAAACGGCCGACUCUCACGGCACAGGUCCCGCCGGAUCAACAACAUGUCGUCCGGCUGCAGGAAGAGGCGAAAGGGGCCAUUUACAUGACUGGUCGCGGAGAGCUACCAUGGCGAGCACCAGGCAGAGAGCCGUCUGCGGGUUCGCGCUGCUGCUGGUGGGGAUUCUCAGCCUGCUCGCCUCCGUGCGGUACCGAGAAAGAUACCGCCUGAGCAUGGAUCCUAUCAUGAGAUCACGUGUGCGCUCCUGUAAGCCUGACACCAAAGUUGCCUUCAUCAAACUCCACAAGACGGGCGGCAGUACCAUUAUGCAGGUCCUACACCGCUUCGGGUAUCUUCGGAACCUCUCCUUCGUGCAGCCGACAUCGAACAACAUCAACCAAUUGUACCCCUAUGGCCUUCAGGACAUCCGAAAGUACCUCCCGCCCGAGGGGAAGGAGUUCGACAUCUUGACGUACCACACCAUCUACGACAGAGCCAGGAUAACGAAGCUGCUGUCUGCGAACGCUACUUUCGUCACCAUCCUCAGGGAGCCGAUGGAGCGCCUCAAGUCUGCCUUCAACUACUACCAACUGGCGAGGAGAUUCCGCAUUCCCGGGUCGACCGCCCUGCUGAAGUUCCUGGAAGAUCCGGGAAGAUAUGAUAACAAGGUGGAUCUCCGUUCCUCCGGAGCCCCGGUGUCCGCGACCAGGAACCCGAUGGCGGUAGAGCUGGGUUUCCCCAUCAAGAAUCUGUCUCCCAACGAUUCUACCGGCGUGAAGGACGAGAACAUCCGGGACUUUGUCGACAAGGUCUCGCGAGAGUUUGACCUCGUGAUGGUGACGGAGUACUUCGACGAGUCCUUGGUGCUGCUGAGGCGGCUGCUGUGCUGGGACAUGCAGGACAUCCUCUACUUCAAGUACAACAGUUACGAGUACGAUUUACGGAAAAAUACGGUACCCGAGCAUCUGGUACAGAACUACCGCCGGCACGACGCCAUAGACUACGCUCUGUAUGAUCACUUCAACCGGACGCUGUGGAAAAAAAUCAACAUGGCGGGCGCCGACUUCCAGGAGGAGCUGGUCCACUUCCGGUGGCUGCAAGCGAGAAUGAGAACUCACUGUAACCGGGAGUUCUACGACUUCGCUCCCAUGUACGUCGGCGAGACGGCCUGGAAUUCUGGCUUUCGCAUCGAUGCGACGUUUUGCACAUGGAUGAAGACGUGGCACAUGUGUUACUUUACCUUACUCAGGGACAGGAACGUAAGGAUUCAGCAGGAGAAGCAGAGGAUUCCGAAGGCCAAGAGGCUGCCGAGGACAGGCGGGAUCUACUCCGAUCCGUACUGCGUCUUGUGUGAGAAUAUAAAGAAGCACUGCACCGUCCAUGAAUACGUGACGCACCUGUACCACGAGGGGUUCCUAUCGCCGACACAGUCCAGCUCCUCAAAAAUAACCAGCAUUAAGUCCCGACAUGGCGGCAAGCCACAGCCCAUUUCUUGACCGUUAUUUCUUAUUUUAACCGAGGACAGAGACCUUCUGAUCUAGCUAUAGCCUCCAUAGCGGGCUCAGUGGCUGGCGUUUAGAUAUUGCCGCUUAUUUUGGAUGAUUACGCACUGUUUUCUGAUUGAAUCUGAUUUAUAUAUGAUGCGUGCCGUUUGCAACAUCAUUUUCCGGCAUGUGCGGAGUUGCUAAUAUAACUAAGUGGAAGCUAAAUUAACAAAAGAAUGAUAAUCUCUCCCUGGUAAGGACAUUCUCUUAAGGAAAUGGACCCAACAGAAGAUGGUAGUCAUAAGAUAACAAUACACAUAUUAUCACCAAAACACAACAAUGAUAAAUGUCUGCCACCGUGCCAGCUAGGAGGCUAAUAGUCGAUCGAUAUAUAUGUACGCUUGUGCAAAUAUGGGAUUUACGGCAUUUUUUAUUGCCAACAACGGGGAAACAUUUGCCUUCUCCCUUUCUCUCUUAACUAUUGUGCCUCAGAGAUAAUCUACGAUAGCAUUUCUCACAUGUAACAGUGCCGUGGAGACGUUUCCAGGGUAAGAAUAAACGCUGCUAGUGUUGUAGUCAUUGAUGAAUGUUGCACCGUCGCCACAGAGCCGUAUUUUAUUUUUUCUACAGUUAAAAUGUAAGAUAUACUACACUGUAUACCAUGUAUACAUGUUGGUGCAAAGAACCUGAAUUCUAUGAAAGUUUGGUAGCUAUAAGUGAUAAAAAGUUCUCAAUUAAACCUGGCCACAUUAGGAGAUGGGGGGGGGGGCUUUUUCAAUAACAGUAUUUAGUCGGCAGUUUGUGCUAUUUUUCUAUGUUGAGUGGGUAUUGCUGAAGGGUUCUAUGAUUACUGUUGCUCUGUGGAUGUUUUUUGUGAUGACUGGCGGCUUAAGAUUAAAAAGGUUACAGAUAAACUCUACGGAAGACGGAAAACAAGAUGAAGAAAAACUACGGAAGACUGAAACUACUCCUAUCCAUGAAAAAUAAAGAUUAAU